AAACCUCAGACAGAAGGAAAAGGUUCUGCAGGAGCAACCCGCUGCACCACUUUCAGGGUCCGGUUCCGACCCAGAAGGCUUUUCUAUGGGAGCGAACAGACGGGAGGAGGUUCUUUUCUUCAGAGGAGGAGAAAACAGCCGCUGAGAAGUUCCUGCGACUGCUGGUUCCGAUCCCUGCUGGACCCGGAGGACCGAACCCAGGCAGGAGGCGCUUUGCCCACAGACUGAAGUUUUCAGCGGGGAGACCGUCUUCUCUGCUGCCUCAGGUUGCCAUGGUGAACAGCAGGGUGGAGGCGCCCGCCGUGGCGGUGAUGGGCGGCGGCGGCGGGGCGGCGGCCGGCAGGUCGUGUGCGGGAUGCGGAGGACGGAUCGCGGACCGCUUCCUGCUCUUCUCCAUGGAGCGCUACUGGCACACCCGCUGCCUGAAGUGCUCCUGCUGCCACGCCCAGCUGGGCGAGUACAGCAGCAUCUGCUACAGCAAAGGAGGCAUGAUCCUCUGCAAGAACGACUACAUCAGACUCUUCGGACACAGUGGAGCCUGCAGCGCCUGCGGACAGUCCAUCCCUGCCAGUGAGAUGGUGAUGCGAGCUCAAGGCAGCGUUUAUCACCUGAAGUGUUUCACCUGCGCCACCUGCCGGAACCGCCUGGUCCCCGGUGACCGCUUUCAUUACAUCAACGGGACGAUCUUCUGCGAGCAUGACCGGCCUGGAGGAGGCCUGCUGAGCGGACACUCUGCUCCACUGCAGCCAAACGGCAUCAUGUCGGAUCAGAAGGUGUGCUGAGGAAGACGAUGGGAACCCACACGUGCCUUCUCCUUCCCAGUCUUUUAUCGAUCUUCAUCCUCCAAGCGUACGCCCUCCUCCUCCUCCUCCUCAACAGACCCAAUAAACCGCUUUCUGCUGAGAAGGCCUUGAAGACUUCAACGGGACCGGUCCAGCGUGGAGCUGAAAGGUGACGAAGGCUGAAUGAAGCUGCUGCAGAUUCAUGGAUCUCACCAGAUGACCUGACACGCCUGAGGAGGAAAGACCGACCCGUUGGUUCCAGGAGAACCUUUCAAGCCUUCAGCCACCCUGCUGGGUCUGGUGGACCCUGAACCGGACUCAGACGGACUGUUCUAAGCAGAUCUGAGACAGACGUUGUUAGUUCUUGGUUGGAUCUGUGUGUGUUUCUUUUAUUGUAAAUAAAGCUUUAUUCCGUCAUCGGUGCCGAACACAUCCUCUGAGGUCCGGUUUACCAGGAGAUAACGAGAACGUGGAGCUUCAUGAGGUCUAGACAUGAGCUAAACACAGGCUGGGGUGUGGCCUUUGACUAGGCCGUUGUAGAACCUGCAGCUUCAGCUGUCUGAGAGCUGCUGCUCAGAGAAGAUCAUGUUCCACCCAAUGACUGGAGAACAAGCCCAAAGCAUCACUCCUCCACCACCGUGCAUGGCAGUAGGUCUGACGUGUCUUUCCACCCUGGCAUCGUGUUUAAACACUCCUGGAGCGGUUCUCCGUGAAGACGAUCCGUUAAUUAAUGCGUUUUAUCUGCAGCUUCUGGUGUUUUUAAUGUUUUUAAUCAUUUUCAUGCAAAUGUGUCAAAUUUGUCCAUUUUAAAACGAAAUACUCCAAACGAGGUGUUUUUUUUUCUUCUUAUCUUGAAUGUUCAGAUAUUUCACAUCUCUCUGCUGACCUUUAAGCACAAAUCUUCCAUUAACUGUUGAAGACUUUUUAAAUAAAUAUAGAGUCCAUCAGCGUCA